UUUUGACGGCGAUGUGGCCCGGAAGUGCUUUGUCCUCUGCCAACAUUACACUCGGCUAGUUGACGAUCAGUAUUGGUCGAUACUGCGGAAUAGGUAACAAACUAGAAGGGUUUACUGCGACAAAACAGUGUCGCCUUUUAAGAAAUCACAGUGCCGUUAAGCGCAGCCUGAGAUCAGAGAGGUAGAUUAUGAAAAAAGUUAUAAAUCUGUUGACCGAUUGUUAUGAUUUGACGUUAGCCUUUGCUAAGUGUGACGUGAUUCUGUAUGAUUAAAUUUGAGCAACAGCUUUCAGAUAAUCGACCAGGUUAUUGUACCAACAGCUCCGAACCGACUUUACAGCAGAUCAGCAGUGGAUACUCGUGUGUAAUCGUCUGACCUGUAAGAAUUCAUGCAUAAAACUGACCAGCUAUCCAGCUAAUAACCCAAUCCAAGCACGUUAAAAAGGAUCUGCUGGCACCAGACAUCGGUCGAUUGUACAUGAUCUGCUGUUAAACUUUAACGUGAUUCUCAGACUGAAACAGCGGUGUAUCUUGAGGUGAAAUGGAUGACUUCAGCUCCAUCAGUCUACUGUCUCUGGCUAUGCUAGUCGGCUGCUAUGUGGCUGGAACAAUCCCCCUGGCUGUCAACUUCUCUGAGGAGAAGCUGAAGUUGGUGACGGUGUUGGGAGCCGGGCUGUUGUGUGGCACUGCGCUGGCUGUCAUUAUUCCAGAGGGAGUUCAUGCUCUCUAUGAGGAAAUGCUGGAAGAUGGGCACCACCAUGGCCACGGGCAGGUGGAAGCAGGAGUUUCUGAACCGAAGGUUGUAGAAGGAGUCGUGGGACAAAGCGCUGAACACAGCCACAGUCAAGAGCAGCUCCACGCUUAUAUCGGCGUCUCUCUGGUGCUGGGCUUCGUCUUCAUGCUGCUGGUGGAUCAGAUCGGGAGUUCUCACAUACACAGCACUGAGGAUCCAGAAGCAGCAAGGACUGCUAGCUCUAAGGUCACCACCACACUUGGAUUGGUCGUUCAUGCUGCAGCUGAUGGUGUUGCUCUUGGAGCGGCUGCGUCCACGUCUCAAACCAGCGUCCAGCUCAUUGUGUUCGUGGCCAUUAUGUUGCAUAAGGCCCCUGCUGCGUUUGGACUCGUCUCUUUCCUCAUGCAUGCGGGUUUAGAAAGAAACCGUAUCCGGAAACAUCUGUUAGUCUUUGCCUUGGCUGCCCCUGUUUUGGCCAUGCUCACCUACGUAGGACUCAGUCAGAGCAGUAAAGAGGCACUAUCUGACGUCAACGCCACCGGCGUGGCAAUGCUGUUUUCCGCCGGCACCUUCCUGUACGUAGCCACAGUGCACGUCCUCCCGGAAGUGGGUGGCAUGGGCGGCCACAGCCACUCGCCUGGAGGCAGCGCAGGGAAGGGACUGAGCAAAGUGGAGGUUGGAGCUCUGGUUCUCGGCUGUCUGAUUCCUCUGGUGCUGUCCAUCGGCCACCAGCACUAGUGUCCUUCACUUGAAGCAACAUCGAAGAAGGUCUGAAAAGUGUAAACGGACUUGGCCACAGAUGUGGUUUGAAUCAUGCCUCUGUCAGUUUCUUCAAGUUGGCGGUUGGAGUGAACGCAGGAACAUUGCCGUUUGGAUCAAGAAUUGAGAAGCGCCUAUGGACUUCUGGAAUGGGCUGCCCUGUCCCUUCAUAAAGCCCUGUGGGCUGACCGCUUACGAUGGCCAUACACAAAUAAAUGCGAUCAUGUGUCCACCUCUUAAUUUGAUGUUUUCUUCAGUGGUGCUGGUUUACAAAGAUUCGGUUGUUGUUGGGUCGUCAUGUAUGCUUUAAAUUUGGUAUUCAAUCGGUUUUUAGAUUAAAUUUGUCCAUGAAUCUUUUUAAAGAUGAACCCAACACAAUUGUGCCCAUUUGCAAUGAUGAUAAAUGACUAGAUGCUUUACAAACAUUAAAUGGAUUGAGUUUAUUGUCCCUCUUUUUCUCCAGUAUUGGUUAGUUGUUUUAAACUUUGAUCAAAUUUCACCUUGCCUAAGCUAGUUAGCUAAAACACUUUUCAUUAAGAACAUUUCCGAAGUUUUCUUUGUUUUUACUCCCUUUUUUUAAUGUAGUUUUAUUAAUGCUAACAGUUUUACUUCUGAGUUAAUAUGGGAACAUGCUCUGAUGUACGGAGCUUUGUUUCCCUCCUCUAAACUAUAGUACUUUAUUCAGAAAUGUCAUCAUGUGUGUGGUUAUUGGACAAAUAUGACAUCUUUUUUUGCCAGUAAUAUUCAAAUCUUUGGAAGUACUUUUAUUUUUGCGGUUAAUUUCAAACAGUUGCAUAUGUCAUGUAAAUAUUAUUUUCAAAUGACACUUGAAAAAUGUGUUGUCCAAAGGCUUGUUGGUUCAGUACAUGUACAGCUUUAUUAUUUGACUUACCAACUAUUUUUCAAACCUGACUGGUUGUUUAAUCCUGAUGAAAGGUCAUUCAGAUGUUUUGUACUUUGAUGCCUGCUCCGAGCAGAGUCUGUGUACUGUAAAUAUGUAUUCUUUGUAUAAAUGACAAAAAAAGCCCUAUUCGACAUCCUUUUUGACACUCUAAGGAGUUUUUAGUCUCAUUUUAGAAUGGGAAGGAAAGAUUGUUUUUAAAAUGACGACUGUUGAUACUUCCAUUUUUAUUU